CAGGAACUACAAUUGUAACUGGACGCUGGAGGAGUUGUCGAGCUGUGUAGCUACGAUUGCAGAACUUUCUAAUGUCCUGCUAGGUCGGCAAUGCAGCCCAACUCCACAGCGACACGCGAACCAGAAGGAAACCAAAUGGAGGAAAAGGGAUCGGACGAGAAAACUGUGAAAUAUUACCGCUUGUCCGAAGUGGAGGAGCACAACUCCUUCAAAAGUACAUGGAUCAUCGUCAACUACAAAGUGUACGAUGUCACCAAGUUCCUAGAGGAGCACCCAGGUGGAGAGGAGGUGCUGCGGGAACAGGCAGGAGGAGACGCCACAGAGAGCUUUGAGGAUGUGGGACACUCAACAGAUGCGAGAGAGAUGGCCAGCACCUUGCUUAUAGGAGAGCUGCAUCCAGAUGACCGACAUAAGAUUAACAAAAUACCGGAGUCACUUGUAACAACAGUUCAUGAAACCACAAGCUGGUGGUCCAACUGGUUGAUACCUGCCCUCGCUGCAGCCAUCGUGAUGUUGAUGUACCGUAUAUAUAGAGCAGAGGAGGCAUGACGGACCCUCAGGCUCUUCUUCAGUGGACUGUUGGCAUUCUCUCCCACUGGUUUAUCCCCUUUACCCAGCAUAUAUGCUGAACUACGGCACCAAUAAUACAUUUCAGGGUUUGUGAUUUUCUCCAGUCACAGUUAAUGACUAAUGAAGGCUCUUUUUGUAAGUGACA